CGCUCGCGAGCGCCGCUGUGGAGGCCACCGGCACAGCGGCGCUCGCGAGCGCCGCUGUGCCUUUUGUUCUGCAAAUAGCCAAUCUGGGCUGGCUGGAGGCCUGCAGGCGCUGCGGGGCGCUGCGCCAGGGGCUCAACCUCGCCCGCGGGAGGGUCUUCCACGCCGGGGUCGCCGAGGCCUUUGGCUUGCCGCUGGCUUCCUUUUCGGAGCUUUUGCCGGGGCAAAACAACCCCACCAUCCGCGCUUGA